AUGUCCCGAAACACUCCUUUACAUCUUGCUGUGAUGUUGGGACAUAAAGAAUGUGCCCACUUGCUUUUAGCCCAUAAUGCUCCAGUAAAGGUGAAAAAUGCUCAGGGAUGGAGCCCUCUUGCAGAAGCCAUCAGCUACGGAGACAGACAAAUGAUUACAGCACUCUUGAGGAAGCUCAAACAGCAGUCCAGGGAAAGUGUUGAGGAAAAGCGACCUCGAUUAUUAAAAGCCCUGAAAGAGCUAGGUGACUUCUACCUAGAGCUCCACUGGGAUUUUCAAAGUUGGGUGCCUUUACUAUCCCGAAUUCUGCCUUCUGAUGCGUGUAAAAUACACAAACAAGGUAUAAAUAUCAGGCUGGACACCACGCUCAUAGACUUUACCGACAUGAAGUGCCAACGAGGGGAUUUAAGCUUCAUUUUUAAUGGUGAUGCAGCACCCUCUGAAUCUUUUGUAGUUUUAGACAAUGAACAAAAAGUUUACCAACGAAUACACCAUGAGGAAUCUGAGAUGGAAACCGAAGAAGAGGUUGACAUUUUGAUGAGCAGCGAUAUUUACUCCGCAACAUUAUCAACCAAAUCCAUCACCUUCACGCGUGCCCAAACAGGGUGGCUUUUUCGAGAAGACAAAACAGAAAGAGUAGGAAACUUUUUGGCAGAUUUCUACCUGGUUAAUGGACUUGUGUUAGAGUCAAGGAAAAGAAGAGAACAUCUCAGCGAGGAGGAUAUUCUUCGAAAUAAAGCUAUCAUGGAGAGCCUGAGUAAAGGUGGCAACUUAAUGGAACAGAAUUUUGAGCCCGUGCGGCGACAGUCGCUUACGCCACCGUCCCCCAAUACCAUCACCUGGGAAGAGUACAUUUCUGCUGAGAAUGGAAAAGCCCCUCACCUGGGCAGGGAGCUUGUCUGCAAGGAGAGCAAGAAAACCUUCAAAGCCACCAUUGCCAUGAGCCAGGAGUUUCCCCUGGGAAUCGAAUCGUUAUUGAAUGUUUUAGAAGUAAUUGCACCCUUCAAGCACUUUAACAAACUUAGAGAAUUUGUUCAAAUGAAGCUUCCACCAGGCUUUCCUGUCAAAUUAGAUAUCCCUGUGUUCCCCACCAUCACAGCCACUGUGACUUUUCAGGAGUUCCGUUAUGACGAGUUCGACGAAUCCAUUUUCACGAUUCCCGACGACUACAAGGAGGACCCCAGCCGCUUUCCCGAUCUCUAACCCAGCUGGAAGCUUAGCGGUGAAUAACAGCACAGGGAAAGCCAAUGGAUGUGAAUGACCCACAGGUAGAAAUAGGAAAGUGGGUCAGAAAGGAAGGGAUAGACUUAAAAAUC